AUUAUUAGCCUGGAAGGGAGUGUCUCAAUCUCCGACAGUGAGCUAGCGUAUAACAGUGCUGAAAAUGGUGGAGCAAUUUCCACCUUCAAAAAUCAUUUGUCCAUGUAUAACUGUGCGCUACUAAACAAUAGUGCUAUCUAUAGCGGUGGAGCAAUUUAUAGCCAGGGAGGGAGUGUCUCAAUCUCUGACAGUGAGCUAGAGUACAACAGUGCUAAAAGAUCAGAUGGAGUGAUUUUGGUUUUUAAUGGAGAGUUACUAAUAUCCAAUAGCAAGCUAAUAAACAACAAGGCAGCCUUUGGUGGAGUGAUUGCACUUUUCGUGGGUAAUGCAUCUAUCUUGAGCUGUAAUAUAACAGACAAUGAAGCUGUAGUUGGUAAUGGAGGAACUAGUCUUGGUGGAGCAAUUUUGAUAUAUACUGGAACUAUAUCUGUCUCCAAAGUCAUGUUUAAAAAUAACAGUGCUGACGUUGGUGCAGUGUUUUUUGUCGCUGAUGGCACUGUGAUCAUUUUCGACUCUCUGCUCACAAACAACAGAGCCACCCAACAAGAUGGAGUGAUUGCGGUUGCUUUCUCAAGUUUGAUAAUUACUAAUACAAGCAUAUUUGACAAUUUUGAGGGUGAAAAUAUCAUUUACGUAGUACAUUCUAACUUGUCAUUUACGGGAGUUAACAACGUUAGCAAUAAUGUAAGCCCUGUGUAUUCUCUAAGCAGUCGAGUGGAGUUCAAUGGACCCACAACUCUCAGUAACAAUCGUGGUGUGCAGGGUGGAGCCAUCAGAGCAGUCCUGAGUCAAAUCUAUAUCAAUGCAGAAGGAGUGGUCAUUUCUAACAAUACUGCUACUGUUGGAGGAGGUGUUUUUCUGAGAGAGAGCACACUCUUUGUUCACUAUCCCAUAGAGAUUUCUCACAACACAGCACAAAAUGGUGGUGGGAUUUAUGCAUACUCAAGCGAAAUUGAAUUUGAUUCGAAGGUCACUACUGGUUGUAUAUUUAAUAAUAACUUUGUCCUGUGUACAUGUAGUGACAUGGAACCUGUACUGUUUGUGAGUAUUAUAGAUCGAAAUGAUGCUCAAAAUGGAGGAGGUAUUUAUGCAGUCGCUUCAAACAUCAAGGCUUUUUCUCACGCUCACAUCCACAUACAGUCAAACUCAGCAAACAACAGUGGAGGUGGAGUGUAUCUACAACAAAGUUCCAAGAUCUAUAUUUUGAAACAGAACUUGGAGAUAGAACUUGGUAAAACGCUGGUCAAGCUAGAAAUCCACAAUAACACGGCUCAAUAUGGAGGGGGGAUAUUUGUGGCAGACAGUACUGAGAGUGGUGUGUGUAGAGGAGAGGAUGUAACUACUGCAGGAGAUCUGACACAAACAGAAUGCUUCAUUCAAACUCUAGAUCUCCAUGGUCUUGAUAUCAAUUUUACUAAUUUGUUAACUUUGGUCCUAACUUUUAAUGAACAAGUUAAGUGUUUGAACAGUACAGUUAAUUAUUGCAAUACUUUUUUGACUAACAACACAGCUUCCCAGUCAGGAGCAGAUAUUUACGGAGGUCUGUUUGACAGGUGUACUGUGGAUGUAUCAGCCGAACUCUCUUCAUCAGACAAUGGAUUUGAGUACUUAAACAAUACUGUGCAUUAUUCAUCAAUAGCUUCAAAGGCUGUCAGAGUAAAGUUGUGUAACACCACCAAGCAAACCAUUUCUGUUAGAAAAGGACAAGCAUUCACAAUCAGUGUUAUGGCUGUAGACCAAGCUGGAAAUCCAAUGAAUAAUGCCAUAAUUCACAGUUCUGUUAUCACUGAGAGCCGUAGAGUUGAUCGUCUCAAAGAAGGACAAGCACAACAAGAAGUUGGCAAUCAGUGCACAGAAUUAGAGUACAAUGUAUUCUCACAAGACAGCUCUGCUCAAGUGGAACUCUAUGCUGAGGGUCCAUGCAACAAUUUGGGAAUUUCAAGACAAAUUCUAAACAUCUCUUUUCUAAAGUGUGAAUGUCCUAUUGGACUCCAACCAAUCAUGUCCUCAAUUGAGUGCAAGUGUGACUGUGAUCCAGUGUUGCAACAAGAAUAUCAGAUAACAAACUGUUCUGAUGAAAAUGAGACCAUAAAAUUGGAAAGUAAUAACAACAUAUGGAUAGGAGUCACUAAUACCACUAACGGAAGUAGGUAUGUUGUUAGUAACUGUACAUUUGACUAUUGUGUACUAAAACCAGUCAACAUCAGUCUAAGCAACCCUGACGAACAGUGUGCCCACAAUCGAAGUGGUGUCUUGUGUGGAGAAUGUGAACCAGGACUCAGUCUUGUGUUAGGUACUUCACGAUGUGAACUCUGCUCAAACUCUUACCUUCUCCUGCUACUCCCGUUUGCCCUGGCAGGCAUAGUACUAGUUGUAUUCAUUCUCGUUUUCAACAUUACCAUAGCAACAGGCACUAUCCAUGGGCUGAUCUUCUACACUAAUAUAUUAGCUGCAAAUCAGUCGAUUUUCGUGCCUUUUCAUAACCCUUUGACAGUUUUCAUAUCGUGGGUGAAUCUUGACUUAGGUAUUGAGACAUGCUUUUAUGAUAGAAUGAACUCUCAAGCAAAAGUGCUCCUUCAAAUGGUCUUUCCUGCUUACCUGUUUCUUCUGAUGUUCUUAAUAAUCAUUUUGAGCAAGUACUUUGACUUUUUUGCAAAGCUCCUCUCCAACAGGAACCCAGUUGCUGCCCUAGGCACACUCGUCCUACUCUCUUAUUCCAAACUCUUACGGUUUAUCAUUGCUGCACUGCAAUACAGGGUCUUGAAUUAUCCUGAUGGUGCAACCAAGGUGUUGGAUUUUCCCAACAAUUCAAGUGAUAAUAUAGUUUGGUUGUAUGACGGCAAUGUGCAAUAUUUCACUCCCGGUCAUGUCCCUCGGUUUAUUUUUGCCACCAUAAUCAUCAUUUCUGGUAUAUUGUUCACUGUACUGCUCUUCUUUGGACAAUGGUUUUCUCGGUGCUCAAAAUGGAAGCUCAUGAAAUGGACUAAGAACACAUACUACAAUGGCUUCAUGGAUGCAUACCAUGCUCCAUUCACUCCCAAGCAUCGCUACUGGGUGGGACUGCUCCUAUUUUCUUUGAUUGCUCAUAACCUAAUAACAGCUUUGGCUUUGGACACUUCUCUCCCUGUACUAUCAGCUGGAUCUAUAACUGUUGGACUGAUUGUUUUCAAAUUGCAGAAUUAUCCAGUGUACAAAAUACGAUUCAAUGAGUUACUGGAAACACUCUUUUUCCUCAAUCUUGCAAUUCUAGCGUAUGGCACCCUCUACAUAGGAAACAUCAAUGAGAGUCAAAACAUAAUAUCCAACAUUUCAAUGGCAGUGGCUUUUAUUUUGUUUGUGGUGAUAGUUUGCUACCAUUGUUACGAGUAUAUGUUGAAGAAAGUCCCUGUUCUGCAAAACUCACUCAAACUGAGAAAAAUGAUUCCACGAGUUCACAAACUGGAACAAUACGAAAUGGAGAAUAAUGAAACCUGGACAAACGUGGACAGAUAUGAUCCGUACACUGAUGGAGCCAUGGAAGAAGCUGACCCUGAUCGUUACAUCACUCCUCCCAUCAUCCGACCUGCCACGAGGCCGGACCAGCUGAGAGAGCCUGCCCUGGACGUACUAGCCCCCCUCACCACAGAGGACUACAGACCAGCCCCUCCCCCUCCUCAAGCUACAGCUGACAAUGCACCCAAAGUCACACACACUGUAAUCGAUGUCGUGAAAGAGUAACAUUAACAUAAUUAUAGAUGCACAAUUUUAUAUUUAUUGACUUUUUGUGGACUAGAUUCAGUUACUUGUAACGACUUUGCUAGUUAGUUUCCUGUAUACUCCUGUGUUGUACUGUAUCAAGCAUGGGUUCCUGUACUCCUGUGUUGUACUGUAUCAAGCAUGGGUUCCUGUACUCCUGUGUUGUACUGUAUCAAGCAUGGGUUCCUGUACUCCUGUGUUGUACUGUAUCAAGCAUGGGUUCCUGUACUCCUGUGUUGUACUGUAUCAAGCAUGGGUUCCUGUACUCCUGUGUCAGUAUACUAUAGACAAUUU